AGGAAGGCAUGCUGCCAGUCAUGUGACAAUAACAAAACUCCCAUCAGGUCACACACAACGUGGAACUUCUGCUGAGUUUACAAAAACAAAACUCUUGUCACCUUUUUGCUAAAGUCCCGCACCGAGUCUGUCAGUCUGUCUGUCCGGAGGGUCGUUGUCCUCUGCAGUGACAGUCAGACCUUCAGCAUGGCUCCACUCAAGUUCUGUGCCAAUCUGUCCUGGCUGUUCACGGAGCUGCCGGACUUCAGUCAGAGGAUGUACGCGGCUGCCUCUGCCGGCUUCAAGGCGGUGGAGGCGGCCUGGCUCUACGACUCAGACCUGCAGGAGCUGCAGAGAGCCAGAGAGGCGACAGGACUGGAGCUGGUCCUCAUCAACACCCCGCCAGGAGAUAUAAAAGGAGGUGAUCUUGGUCUUGGAGCGGUUCCUGGCAGAGAGACAGAGUUCAGACAAGGUCUGGAUCUGGCUCUGAAGUACGCUAAAGCUUUGGACUGCAAACGGAUCCACCUGAUGGCUGGGAGGCUCCCAGUGGGCUCAAACAGAGUCACAGUGGCCAAAGACAUGGAGGAGAUCUUUGUUCAGAACCUGAACUACGCUGCCGAUAUCCUCUCAAAGGAAGGAAUUACUGGUUUGAUUGAGCCAAUCAACACAAGGAUAACAGAUCCCAGGUACUUCCUGGAUUCUCCUCAUCAAGCUGCUGCGAUCCUGGAGAAGGUUGGAAAGCCAAACAUCAAACUGCAAAUGGAUGUCUUUCACUGGCAAAUAAUGGAUGGAAACCUGACCCAAAACAUGCACAAGUAUUUUCCCAUAAUUGGUCAUGUUCAGAUCGCUCAGGUUCCUGAGAGGAACGAGCCCGACAGCGCUGGAGAGCUCAACUACAGAUACCUGUUCAACAUGCUGGAGGACCUGGACUACCAGGGGUACAUCGGCUGUGAAUACAAGCCGCUAGGCUCCACAAAGGAAGGUCUGGGCUGGUUCACAGAUUACUCCACACACAGCAAGUCCUGAGCACAGCAACCAGCCACCAAGCUGCAGAGACGUCAUUAUCUGUAUUAGUGAGGGCAAAAAUGAUGGAAAUGAUCUGUUUCUGUUUCUGUGUUCAGAUAAAAUGGUUUAUACUGGAAGUCACAUAAGUUUUCAAAGCAUCAAAUUUGUUUGAAUUUAUAACUCAUAACAUUUAUAACAAUCUUUGACAUUUAUAACAUUUAACUAACUUUGAACUUGCUAGCAGUGGUGGAAAGUAACUAAGUACAUUUACUCAAGUACUCUCCUUAAGUACAAUUUUGAGGUACUUGUACUUUACUUGGGUUUUUCCAUUUUAUGUGACUUUAUAAUUCUACUUCACUACAUUUUGAGCUAAUAUUGUACUUUUUACUCCACUACAUUUAACUAACAGCUUUAGUUACUUUUCAGGUUGAAAUUUAACAUAAAGAAAUAUAUCAAUUUAAAAUGAUUACACGUUUAUAAAAUAAACCUCAUAACAGUGUAUUAAGUCGUUAAAUGAGCCCUUCCUUGUGGUUAUUCAUAAAAGCAUCAAUAUUAAUAAUCCUAUAAUACAUUUGGAAUAUAUAUAAACAAUCUGAGUGGGUCCAUUCUGCAUAACGAGUACUUUUUCUUUUGAUACUUUAAGUACAUUUUGAUGCUUUUGUACUUUUACUUCAGUAAGUUUUGAAUGCAGGACUUUUACUGUAGUGGAGUAAUUUCACAGUGUGGUGUUAGUAAUUUUACUUAAGUAAGCGAUCUGAAUACUUUUUUCACCACUGCUUGCUUGUGAUCAGAGUGCCGUUUGAGCUCUAGAUUACUGCUGAAAAGUAAUGACUUACUGUGAUCACUUACUGCCUUUUACAACUUUUCAAGGUUAGUAAUAAUUUAAAACAUUUUAAAACAACAAAAUGGAUUGCAUAACUGUAUAAUUGGCUUUGUGGUUGAAGUUUGUUAAAUGAUGUUAAAAGGAAAUCUAUGGUAAAUCUGCUAAUGUUAGCCAGUUCGCCACCUGAACUGGUGAAUGUUUUUGUGUGUAAAUCAUGAUAUGUAAAUCUUUUUUAAUUGUAAAUUAAAUGAGGAACAAUCUGUUUUAAGUACUUCAGUUCAGACUAAUUUAGUUUGUUGAAGUGAUCAAGUUACAUUCAUACUUGGUCUUGGAAUGAAGACCUUGUUUUUGAGUAUUUGUUAGUGAUGUGCCAAUCAAACCUCAUGAAGCAUUUUCUUUAUUUUCUGAGCCCACUAGAUGGUGCUCUUGGUUUAAAGAAAAAGGCUCAAGCAAUAAUAAUCAAUUGUGCUUUCAGUCCUUUGUGGAACAUAGCUUAUGUUAAUACCAAUGUUGGCUAAUGUCAGCUCUGGCGGUCGUGGGUGCUCUUAUAAAUAUUUGUAAAGAAUGUUUUCUAUUCUAUUGAAUACGUAUUAAUUAAGCAAGUGUAGAGCUGAGCAAUGUUCGAAGAAUGAGCUAUGAGGACCGUGCAUCGGUCAUAGUUAGUAGAGGUGGGGAAAAAAUUGAGUCAGCAUAGUUUUGAGAUAUUUUUUGCGUGGCAAUUUUGGCAGCAUUUUCGGAAUAUACCAGCCGGCAACCUUAUGGUCUGAGCAGUUAGGCCUUAAGCUGCAUGCUACCAAAAAUUCCAGCAGGGGGCGCUGACGGCGGCUGCAGAAGCAUUUUGGUCCAUUCAUUUCAAUACAAAAUGAGAAAACUUCUCACUUGAAUUAUUACCUCAGAAUUUUUUUUUUUUAGGACAACAAUAUGGUCUCAAUCACUUUUAAAAAAUCUUCUUCAAGAGAGUUAAAUGUUAAUAGUGUAAACAAUGCACCAAUUUGGAAGAAAAUAGAAGAUAAUAAAUUGUAUGAUUUGGGGCGUGGUUACCUUUGAUUGACAGGUGAGCUGUCAUUAGGAGAGAAGUAAAGCAUCCAC